UUCUUUAGCCUGUGCUUACCUAUGGAUUGAGCUGUCACUGUCAGAUUACCCGUCAUCAUUGUAGCUCAUCGAUUGUACAAAUUAUUUAAAUAUUAAACAAAUAAUAGCAAUGGACGCUUUUGGUGAUAAUUUCGACAAUCCCCCAGAAGUGGAUCCUGCAGCUGAGUUUUUAGCUCGUGAACAAGAUCAAUUAGCUGGUUUAGAAGAUGAAGUUAAGCCAGCGGCUGCUUUGAUAACCGCCCCUACAGGAGAAGAUGCUUUCUUCUCAACUGCUGAAACAAAAACUGAAUCAUCCGGCAGUUUUGAGAUGAUCAAUAAUAUGGGUCAACAUGAUAACUUUGAACCCACAUCUGCUUUGGGCUCUGAUGAUGGGACUGCCGAUGAUCUGGGAUUUAAUAUGAAACCUGAAGGGCGUAUUUCUCCAGCUCCACAAAAACCAGUUGUUAGGGAAGAGCCAGAGAAAAUUAGGAAGUGGCGUGAGGAUCAAAAACAGCGGCUAGAGGAGAAAGAUUUGGAAGAAGAAAAGAAGAAGAGUGAGUUGCGAGAACAGGCUAAGUUAGAAUUAGAAGAGUGGUACAAACAUCAUGAAGAACAAAUCAAGAAAACCAAGUCUACAAACAGAAAUGCUGAAAAACAGUUUGUUGCGGAAACUGAUGAAAUUGAGCCUGGCACAGAGUGGGAGAGAAUUGCAAAGCUUUGCGACUUUAAUCCUAAAUCUACAAAAACUAAUAAGGAUGUUUCAAGAAUGCGUUCUAUUAUAUUACAAUUAAAACAAUCUCCAUUAACUGCUAAGAAAGCUUAAUCAUAUAUUUAAAUGAAGUAGUCUAGUUAUAAUGUUUGUUAAGCACACUAAUCUAUAUCUAUAUUAUC